CCGGCGAGGGCGAAGGCAGGAGGGACAGUGCGAGCGGGGGGCACCGGGUGGCGGCGGCGGCGGCCCCGGGAUCACCAUGGCCGAGCUGCUCUGGAGCCUGCAGGAUUCCCAGCUCGUCGCCCGCUUCCAGCGCCGCUGCGGGCUCUUCCCCGCGCCGGAUGAAGGCCCCGGCGAGCACUGUGCUGGCCCCGCGGAGGGCGCGGCGCGGGCGCCCGGGCUCGGGCAUCUCCCCGCAGCCAAAGGCAGGGGCGCCGGGGAGCCGGCCAAUGGGCUGCGGAGAGUCGCGGUCCCGCAGGCUUAUGUACAGAAGUACAUUGUGAAGAAUUAUUUCUACUAUUACCUAUUCAGAUUUUCAGCCGCUUUGGGACAAGAAGUGUUCUACAUCACAUUCCUUCCAUUCACUCACUGGAAUAUUGAUCCUUAUUUGUCCAGAAGACUGACCAUCAUAUGGGUUACUGAAGACACCAGUUCCCUCAAUGGGCAUCAUUUUGGAUGUGACAUCUAUCCAGAGUUGGUGAUGUAUAUUGGCCAGGUGGCCAAGGAUGUCUUGAAGUGGCCCCGCCCCUUCUCCCCUCCUGUUGUGAAACUGGAGAAGAGAGUGAUUGCUGAAUACGGGAUGCCGUCCACCCACGCCAUGGCAGCCACCGCCAUCUCCUUCACCCUCCUCAUCUCUACCAUGGACAGAUACCAGUAUCCCUUUGUUUUGGGACUGAUGAUGGCUGUGGUGUUUUCCACGUUGGUGGGUCUCAGCAGACUUUACACUGGGAUGCACACAGUCCUGGAUGUGCUGGGUGGCAUCCUGAUCACCGCCAUCCUCAUUGUCCUUACCUACCCCGCCUGGACCCUUAUCGAUCGCCUGGACUCGGCCAGCCCCCUCUUCCCUGUGUGUGUCCUGGUGGUGCCAUUCUUCUUGUGUUACAAUUACCCCGUGUCUGAUUACUACAGCCCGACCAGAGCGGACACCACCACCAUUAUGGCUGCCGGGGCUGGGGUGACCGUAGGAUUCUGGAUCAACCAUUCUUUCCAGCUCGUGUCCAAGCCCGCGGAAUCUCCCCCUGUUACUCAGAACAUCCCACCUCUCACCAGGGACCUGUUAGCUUUGGGUCUGACCAAAUUUACUGUGGGAAUCGUGCUGGUCCUCCUGGUUCGUCAGCUUGUACAAAAUCUCUCGCUGCAAGUGUUGUACUCCUGGUUCAAGGUGGUCACCAGAAACAAGGAGGCCAGGCGGAGACUGGAGAUCGAAGUGCCUUACAAGUUUGUCACCUACACGUCAGUUGGCAUCUGUGCUACCACCUUCGUGCCAAUGCUACACAGGUUUCUGGGAUUACCGUGAGCCUCAAGUGGUCGGAAAUUAGCUCACUGGACACGAGAGCAAGACAUCAAAAAGUUGUUGAGUGGGGAAGUUUUGACAACACAUUUUUCUUAAAAAAAAAAAAAAAAAGUUCCCUAAGUCACAUGUCUGUUUUGCUGAUACCUGAGAUAAAUGUUGCUGCUUUAUGGAAGGAAAAAUGGUCUCACGGUGACUACUAGCCUGUAAGCGUCAUGUUGCAGAUGAAGCCAGGCAAACCCACAGCUGAGUUCUUUAAGGUGCCCCACCCUGUCCAUUACUUGGACUUUGGACCAGUCCUGGGCUGGCAGGAGUUGUGGCCUGGCUUAGGAACGGCCACAAGCCCCCCUGGGUUCUGGAGAGCCUAAAGAGACGGGCAUGAUCCAGGAGGCUGGACGGCGGGCGUUCCUUUUCAGCUGUGACCUUGCCCAGCACCGAGUCUCAUUUCCAACACUGGAAUGUGGGUCCAAGAGAAAGGGUGGCACCACGUAAAACCGCAUUCCUUGGACAGGGCGACUUUCUUGUCAUGACGAUCACAUUAGACAGUGCCUGCUUGCGGGGAGAGAGCACUGUGUGAACCUCGCUGGGGAGCACGAAAGGCGGGGGCAAAGCUGGCGAGGUCACGGGCAUGAGCCUGCUUUCCUUAUGCAUCCUGGUCUCUGUCGGGUGCAUAUUGAACAGGGAUCCGCUCCUCCUCGUGUGUACGCUUCGCAGGAGUCCAGGCACCAUUUCUAUCCUCUUCUGACCCAUGAACGCAACUGGCUGCUCCCUUCUCACCUCGUCUGGGCUCCUCUGAGUGUCCUGCUCUCUCCUGCAUCACAGUGACUUGGGACAGGCCCUCUGUUCUUCUUCAGCUUUUCUGCUUCCUUACAAACUGGGAAGACAGUGUCGUCUGUCUGUGAAAGUGGAUCAAUAGAAGAACAGAUGAACAUAAUCCUUCCCGGGGCCUGACAGAGGGAAUAGGCCUCCCUCCCUGACACUGUUCCUCCCCUUCUGAGUUACUUUUCCUAAAUCUAUUUUCUCAUCUGCUGAAUAGAAUCAGCGGCUCCCUUUCCAUCUUCCCACCUCUUACCUCUAGGCAAUUUUAAGGGUAAUUAAUGCAAGAACAACAUCGGCUUCUCUUAGGAAAACAAGCCAACAAAAUACAACGCCCUUUAAAUCUCGGGAGAGUCCUUAGACUUAGGAAGGUGGUCAUUAUGCAGACAACCCCCUGCAGUGGUUCCUCUUCAGUUCUUAAGAAUGAGGAGGAACAGGUAUCAACAAUGUUCUUAUAAGUGAGUACCAACAUGUAAUUAACAAAGUGUCUUUUGCUGUCGUGCCUGAGCUGCUGGAGCCAAUGAUUUAUAACCCUCGUGCAUCCUCAACCAUGCACACACUUUGGGGGACAGUUGGCCUGCCUGGAGAGUUAGGCUCUCACCUCUGCACCCAGUGUGAAAACCGAACACCCGUUUCUCCUGGUUUUGAAUACGCACCCUGGCCUUUUGGUUGUGAUGAUCUUUAGUAUUUGACUUAAUGCUCCAGUUUAUUGAGAAGAAUAAUUGUAAGACAUCCUGUUCUUCCUUCAAAUUCUUCUGACAUUUUUCUUAGUUAGAAGGCAGGGGUCAAAAUGACCUGCCGUUUGCCUGUUUUUAGAUCAUACUCUGACCAGUAUUUGUGGCACCGGGAUGGGGAGAUGCCCCAGCUCACGGGCACCCCUGCCCUAGGCCGCCCCACAGUGCAGUGCAUGGGGCGCUUCCCUGUACCUCUGUCCCCACAGGCUGCCAAACCCGAGGUCACAGUGCUAGCUAAUAUUUACGCAAAAUGAUUUUAGUUGCUAGCAAAAGGAUCAGCCUUUUCCACUUGUAUCUUUUGAGAAGAAGGGCCAUAAUUAUUGUCACAGCAGUGGGUGUGGGUGAUUCAUUUGUGUGUGUGUAAAUUUUACUGCUGUCCUUUCGUUUUAAGUCCCAACAAUAGGAUUGCGAUCAGCUGUAUUAUAUAUUUAAGGCUAUAUUUACACAAUUUGGAUUGAGGAUGAAUAUGUUAGCCACAGCUCAUUAAAGAAAGACCCAUGGAUUUGUCAUGGUUGGUCCCUUUUCAAAGUCUCUUGAUGUAGCAUCUGAAGAAUAAAAUGUGCAUAUUGGUGAGGCUAAGCUUAGUUUUUGAGCACUACAGCGCUGUGGCUUAGAAACUGGUUGGAAAAGUCCUUACCUGAUUCAAACUGCAGCCUGGCCAACCCUCCUCAUUCACUUCGCACAGCGCUUCACUGUUAGACCCUCACACCCACCCUCCC